AAAUUUGCUUUCGACGAAGUCCUUUACGGCACGCUCAAGACGAGACCAGCUCUCCUUACCAGCUACCACCACCACCCCGCGCAUUUCGACCGACUGUAGUCGAUCCAAAAUCGGAGCAGAAAACAAGAAGCAGUCAUGGCGUCCAAUGAACAACUUCAGGAUAUCCAGGAGGGCGAGAUUGAGUCCAACUGGGAUCAGGUCGUCGACAACUUCGACAACAUGGAAUUGAAGGCCGAACUUCUCCGUGGUAUCUACGCCUAUGGUUUCGAGCGUCCCUCGGCCAUCCAGCAGCGCGCCAUUGUCCCUGUCAUCAAGGGCCACGAUGUUAUUGCCCAAGCCCAGUCCGGCACUGGCAAGACCGCCACCUUCUCCAUCUCCAUCCUCCAAAAGAUCGAUCCCGAAAUCAAGGGCACCCAGGCGCUCAUUCUCGCGCCGACGCGUGAGCUGGCGCAGCAGAUUCAAAAGGUCGUGGUCGCCCUCGGCGACUACAUGAACGUCGAGUGCCACGCUUGUGUCGGCGGUACCAACGUCCGUGAGGAUAUGGCCAAGCUCCAGGAAGGCGCCCAGGUCGUCGUCGGCACUCCCGGCCGUGUCUUUGACAUGAUCAACCGUCGUGCGUUGAGGACCGACAACAUGAAGAUGUUCUGUCUGGAUGAGGCCGACGAGAUGUUGUCCCGUGGGUUCAAGGACCAGAUCUACGAGGUCUUCCAGCUCCUGCCGCAGGACACCCAGGUCGUCUUGCUCUCCGCUACCAUGCCCGCCGAUGUGCUGGAGGUCACGAAGAAAUUCAUGCGCGACCCCGUCCGUAUCCUCGUCAAGCGUGACGAGCUUACGCUCGAAGGUAUCAAGCAGUUCUACAUUGCCGUGGAGAAGGAAGAGUGGAAGCUGGACACGUUGUGCGACUUGUACGAGACGGUCACGAUCACGCAGGCCGUCAUCUUCUGCAACACGAGGCGGAAGGUCGACUGGUUGACGGAGAAGAUGCAUGGACGGGAGUUCACCGUUUCGGCGAUGCACGGUGACAUGGAGCAGAAGCAGCGCGAGGUGCUGAUGAAGGAGUUCCGGUCGGGUUCUUCCCGCGUGUUGAUCACGACCGAUCUACUUGCUCGCGGUAUUGACGUGCAGCAGGUGUCGCUCGUCAUCAACUAUGAUCUCCCCACCAACCGGGAGAACUACAUUCAUCGCAUUGGCCGUGGUGGUCGCUUCGGGCGGAAGGGUGUCGCGAUCAACUUUGUGACGACGGAGGACGUGCGGAUGCUGAGAGACAUUGAACAGUUCUACAACACUCAAAUUGACGAAAUGCCGUUGAACGUCGCCGACCUCAUCUAGAUGUACUCUCUACGUCACGCUCUAUUUCAAUCCAACGGUCAUCAACAGGAACAGACGUCGGCUGAUCCUGAAUAUCAGAGUAUUUUCUCGUAUUGUCUCGCCUAGUCCCGCCACACCCGCUGCAUUCGUACAUACCACCGCCCUACCGCACGAAGAACCGCGAACGAGUCCACGCGCUGUCUGCUGACUGUACUGUAUAAGCUGGGUCUUGCGUCUUCGUAGUCUACGUCUGAAGCCAUGUAUUUCUCGAGCGGUUGUCGCCAUAUAUAUUGCUGUUUUCGCCGCGA